ACCCAUCGCAUUAUUCUCCAUGCAUUUUAAUUUUUUGUUCUCCUUCUCACACCGUUUUCUCCGCCUACUCUCCUCAUUUCAGCCUGGAAAAACUGAAUAGAGGAGCCAAGAAAUAGUUAAUCUGUCGGGCUGCCUCUAUGAUUGGCCGCUGCAUGCUGCGCUUCAGCCUCACUGAAUGAGAAAUAGGGGUAACCAGGCAACUUCACUGCUCCGGAGAGAAGAAGAUGGGAAAGAGAAUAAGAUAGGGGCUUUUUUGCGGGACAUCAGAGGCACGGAGGAAUUUUGAACGCAAAACGCAAAAGGUUUUUUUUCCCCACCUUGUCCGUCAAGGCAAAGAUGGAAUUAACGCAUGGAUUUCCUUAGGCGCGCUCUCGCCCUCCCUCUUCUCCUCACUCCUCUACCCUUCUCCUCUUCCUCCCUCGCUGGGGGAAAAUAGAGCGCACAAAUGAAGGGGGAGACAGAUGUGGAUUAAAAGGAAAAAAAACGCACAAAUGGGACGUUUAAGGAAAGCAUCAAGCGAGAAAAGAGCUCUGAGAUGCUACCUGCGAUGGGCUGUCAAACUGCAUCUGAAGUACCCUGCCAAAGAAUAAUACCCACUUGUGACCUACUCUGAAGAACAAUAUUUGAUUCCAUCUGUGUUGCAAAUUUCCCCCUGAGGGGCAUACUCCUGAGCAAUAGGUGAACCUUCAGAAAAGAGCAACAGUGGACCAUGUGAUACUUGACCUUCACAGACAGAACUCAGGUACGCUCUAGAGGAUGUCAGAUCUGAUCUGAAGCUGCACUCGAAAGGCUCGCUCAGCUCACAUUUGAAUAUUUUGUUUACCCGAGCACCAUGCGCCGACGUGACAGAACGUAGUUAUUAAUGUUGGAUCUUCAUUUACCGAGGAGACCUCGAACCGUUGUCGGCAUGGAUUUGAAGGUUUUGAUUUUCAAAGAGCGACUGUGAGAACCCCAGGAGUCUCUGGGAGGAGGAGGAGGAGGACAGUGGGAGCUUGGAGGAUUAGCUAAUUCGCUGUUUACCCAUGUGGGAUCUGCUGUGAAGAGGCAGAGGAGGAUGUCAGCAGAGGCCGAGCUCCAGUCAGGUGUAAAAACCAGCCAACGCAAGGAGUCCAGGAGGAUCAAAGGUCAGGACCGCACUGAGGCGGGGCUUAUCAAGCGUUUCCGCGGAGAUGGUGUGCGCUACAAGGCCAAGUUGAUCGGGAUUGAUGAGGUGACGGCGGCGCGUGGGGACAAGCUGUGCCAGGACUCCAUGAUGAAGCUGAAGGGAAUGGCUUCCUCUGCACGUUCCAAGGGGGAACACAAGCAGAGAGUCUUCUUGACGGUCUCAUUUGGGGGGAUCAAGAUUUACUGUGAAAGAUCGGGGGUGCUUUUGCAUCAUCACUCAGUCCACGAGAUCAGCUACAUUGCCAAGGACACCAGGGACCACCGGGCUUUUGGCUACGUCUGCGGAAAGGAGGGCCACCACAGGUUUGUGGCCAUCAAGACCUCGCAGUCUGCGGAGCCUCUCAUCCUCGACCUGCGCGACCUCUUCACACUCAUCUAUGACAUUAAACAGAGAGAGGAGAUGGAGAAGAAGGCGCAGAAGGACAAACACUGUGAGCAGGCCGUUUACCAGACCAUCCUUGAAGAUGAAGCGGAUGACCCAGUUUACCAGUACAUAGUCUUUGAGGCUGGACACGAACCCCUCCGUGGCCCCCAGUCAGAGGAGAGCGUUUAUCAGGUCCCAACCAGUCAGCAAAAGGAAGGGAUCUAUGAUGUUCCCAAACGCCAUUUCAUGACUAACAUCAACCACUUUGAUCUGUUCGGCGACAUGUCCACUCCUCCCUCGAUGCCCCCAUCGCCUGCCAACACACUGGAUCCGAGCAGGAGCAGCCGCCAGCAGCAGCACACCCCUGCUGAGCUGUACGCGCCCUUCAGCCCCACCUCUGUGCCAUCAGGCUACAUGACGAUGGGCCCAGUGCAGGCGGCUCAGUGGGCUCAGCAGCCGUUUCCUGCUCAGGCUCAGACUCUAGCCUUUCCUGUCCAGGGCCCCCUCCAGGUGGCGCAGGUUCUGCCCGGUGGCCAGCCGGUCAUCUGGAGCCAGGCCAACAUUUUUCCCGCAACUCAGCAGCAGUGGGCAGCCAUGGCGGCCUACAUGCCGGCCCAGACAGUAGGCGUGGGGGGCCACGUGAUCCCAGCUGCCAUGCUCCAAGGCCUGGUGCCUAUUACCUCUGUGUGCCCCCAAUCCUGCGACCUGUCAGCCCCCUCCUCGGCUAUCACUAGCCCCCAGCACACGGCCGACCCCACCCUGCUUCACAGGCAGCUUAGCCUGGGGAGAGAAGGACUCGACUCGGAUGCGGGCGAGGGUCCUUCAACGUCGGGAGCAGCAGGUGCGGGACCUGGUGCUGCGUCAGCAGCAGUAAGCAGGUGUGGAACCCCCGGCCCACUGAGCGCACCAGACAUGCUGGUCUGCAGUCAGCUGCUGCUGCCUCACUCAGCUGCGACCCAGGAGGAGGAAGGUAGCUGCAGUGAUCUGGAUCUCUCUCGGUUGACCCUGAGCCCGGGAACAUCGACGUCGCCGUCCACUGAGUCCCCAUCCACUCCAGCUCUUCAUCACAGCUCAUCUUCAGACUCACCCCCUUCUAAGGCCAUCGACCCACCCACAGAUCAGUCCCCUGUUGACCCAGAGGGAGACCCCAGCAAUGCCAAGGAUGAAGUAGCAGGUUCUGUUGCUGCUGAGACGGUGGAUCAGACUCGUCCUCAAGAAGACAGCUAGAGAAGAACACACAGAGGCUCUCAAAGAAUGAAACCGAUGGGACACAAAAGGAGGGGAUGAUCAAGUUCUCUUUGCUGGAAUGCAUUUGUUAAAAACCUUUAAAGGAUUUUUUUAGCAGACUCAGCUGUGAACUGCAUUUCCUUCAGAGGCCACUCACUGUAUUGGACUGGACUGGACUGGACUGGACUGGACUGUCCUCAGCAACCAGACCUUGGCUUCAUCGCCCAAUCAUUUAUCCUUCAACCAGGAAGUGACCUUUGAUCUGUGACUGAAACCUACAGCAGGAGGUUAUAGCAUUCUUCUCGAAUGAACUGACAUUUCUGAUUUUUGAGGAUGUGCUAAACGAAGAACAAUGCAAAUUAUUAUUAUUUUGUUGUUGUUGUUGUUGUUGGAAAUCUUCAAGAGGAGCAGUGCCCCUUUGCAUAACGGCUGCAGGUGGAUUUGCCAAAUGUUUUUCUGCGUGUCGCUCCACCGAUUCAUCCAUCUGCAUGAACAGACUUGGCGUGGACUCAGUCGACUCUACAGAGGGCAGAACUGUGCACCCCUGCUUCCCUGGAGGCCCAAAACCAAUCAAAAACAAACAUAAAACAAACUGAAAUUCUCAUUUUGGUAAGCUGUGAAUUCUCAGUUAUUGGCGCCGAAUCCUUGUCGAUAACGCAAGGACUCUGAGUCAUAACUGCAGACGUUGAAAUUUGCCAAACACGUAUCUUGUAAAUAAGAAUCCUCCCAAUCCCCCUUACCUGAGCCUCUGUGCCAUAAAAAUAGCUCUCUGCCUCUGGAAGCCAACUACCUGUGUUACUCUGAAGCAAUUCCCUACCAGCACCUCCAUUUUUGACAAUUCUUUUGUAGACAUUUUUUUCUCUCUCACUAUUUGGUUCUUAAAUUUAUUUAUUGAUUGGUGAGAAAUGAACUGUGAAUAUGUGUUACUUAAUGACUCGAAGCAAAGCCCACUGUACUCGUCUCUUUCAUAUUGAACGAAACCAAGAGAUCUACUCUAGAUUCUCCAGCGUUUCCUAGCUUUUAGACAUCCUGCGUCACUAAUCGAGGUCGCAUUGUUUACAAUUUGCCUCUGAGGGUCACAUGUUUUACUUGAACAUGAUAGUAGAUCAUCGGAAUCAGCAGAGAGGAAUUCAUCGAUGGGUUUCUUUUUUAUCGUCCAGUCACUGUUUUUUGUCAGAUCAUUGUAAUCAGUAAAAAAAAAAAAAGAGAAAAAAAAGAAGUCAUUGUUGUAACGAGGCACUUAUUGUGGGUUUGCUCCACAGAAUCAGAGCUGUCAAAAAAACAGCCAACUUUAUGAUACGAUCAAUAGAAAUCAUUAACUGCUAGACCUAAAAUACAGAAUGGUGACUGUAUCCCUGCUUGUGUGAGACAAAUGAAAAUUCUAAAGAAAAAAAAAAGAAAUAUUUUGUAAAUUUUAUUUAUGGAAUUAAGAAGAAUCGCCAUGGAAAAGAGAAAAAGGAUGUUUUUGUACGUCGGACUUUGCCCAUCCAGUGUAUCCAUGCCACCGCUCAGUCACAAAUAAAACACCAUGUGAUUCCCACUUCAA